ACCGCCCUGCAGGUCGCAGCUGUAAAUUUGUAAGCUGAAAAAUUCUACGGACUAAGAUGGCCUGUGUUAACAAAUUGGCAAUUUUGAGCCGCACUCUCAGCUCCGCUGCCCAGCAGACGGUGAAACCACCAGUUCAGGUCUUUGGACUCGAGGGUCGAUAUGCCACCGCCUUGUAUUCGGCUGCUUCCAAAUUGAGCCAGCUGGAUCAAGUGGAGAAGGAUUUGACUGCUCUACAGGCCACCAUUAGGAGUGAUAAGAAGCUGCGCGAAUAUGUGACAAGCCCAAUUAUCAACAAAAAGGUCAUGGCCACAGCUCUAAAGGAGGCAUCGACUAAGCUGAAUUUUGCCCCAGCCACAGCCAAUCUUUUGGGUCUGUUGGCCGAUAAUGGUCGCUUGAAGAAGCUGGAUACCGUUAUCAAUGCCUACAAGACCAUCAUGGCUGCCCAUCGUGGUGAGGUUGUCUGCGAGGUUGUCACUGCCAAGCCUCUGGAUGCCUCCCAGAGCAAACAACUGGAGGGUGCUCUUAAGUCCUUCCUUAAGGGCAACGAAUCGUUGAAGAUCACCUCUCGAGUGGAUCCCAGCAUCAUUGGUGGUUUGAUUGUUUCCAUUGGCGAUAAAUAUGUUGACAUGAGCAUUGCCAGCAAAGUGAAGCUGUACACAGAUGUUAUUCAAUCUGCUGCCUAAAAUGGUUAAGAUCUAGAAAAAGAACAACAGUUUUUGAAACAUUAUCUUGCGAUAGCGAAUAAACUACCAACAACUCCA